AUGCGCUACGUCAAUCCUUUCUUGCUUCUUGCCUCCGCAGCUGUGGUGACCGCUCAAGAUGCAGUUGUCGGUCAAAAUCUCGCAGCCAACAGCGGAUCAUGCGCGUCACAAUCGGUCGUCGAUACAUGCGUCAACGUCAUGAAGGGUACACUCCAGAAAUGCACUGAGAACGACUGGGAUUGCAAGUGCUCAGGAAGUGCCAAUGUUGCCAAUUGUUACGAAGAUUGCCCCGAUGACCCGGCACGCUUUUCGGCAAUGCUACUCAGUGAACAGGAUUGCGCCACUGCGAAUGCUUAUGACAAGGGCGAAACAACGGUUCCAACCACGUGGACUACGCCCGGCCCCAAUACUGUGACGGCGACGCCGACGGAUACUCAGGUGAGCACCACGACGAAUACUGCGGAGCCGACCAAGUCGUUGCAGGGCGAGAAGGAUGCCAGUCCCUCCGAGGGAGCUGCGGUCAUGAAGUCGGCUGGGAGUUUGCUGGCGUUGUUGGGAUUAGGAGUUGGGGUCAUGAUAUGA